UGGCGGCCUUCUGCACGCGAUAACGCGGUGGUUGAAAACUAUUAUGUCAACAUGUCACUUUUGAGACUAUGUGCUUAUUCAAAGGGUUUAACUCGUAGUUUUGCGGUCGAGAGGAGUGUUCGUCCAGUUCUAGAUGCCGAUUAUUGCCGCCUGUGUCUCAGAAUACGGAAUAAUGCAGGGAGACAAAUACAAGAUUACUCAUGGGCAACAAUUUACCAAAGACACUAUUCAGCCAUUCCUAAAAAGGAGGAUGGGAAGAAAAGAUUCUGGGAACAGUCUCAAUUGUUGGAUGUUCUGGAUGCCAGAAUCCAACAGUUACAAUCUGACGUCGUUGUAGGCGUCAAACAUUCAAAAGUGCAAAUUGUCAAAGUUCAGCAAAGAGGAAAGGAAUUUUUACAUGGAAAUACUCAAAAGAAUUUGCCCAAUGACAAAACGGAAAUGGCCAAAAGUGGGGCGUCUUAUAAAAAAGGAAAUGCUGAAGGUGGCGUGUCUUUCAAAACUCACGCAAGUCGCUGGAUGGAGAAACUCAAGCGUGAAAAGUGGAAUCAACCCAAGAAACAAACUUCACAAAGGAUUCAUGAUAAGUCAGUUACUAGUAAAAGUAGCAAAGGAAGUUUGAUGGUUCCUGGUACUUCUACAAAGACAAUCACAACUGGCAAAAAAAGUAAGAUGAAAACUAAAGUAGAAGACCCCAAAUUGACUGCAUCUACCACAACCACCUCUAAAGACAUCCCAAAAAAGUCUAAAAAGAAGAUCUCCAGAGUCCCUGAAAGUUCAGCCAGCUGGUUUCCAGUAAUGCAGAAGGUCUUAAAAAUCUCCGGCGGCGAAAUUGACAGGGUUUCCGAGAUGUCUACAGAAGAGGAACUAGCAGUGCAUGCAGGAAAAGAACUGGCAGAGGAACUGGAGCUAGAUGUAGACCACCAAACCAGUCACCAGAGUCUGAUCACCUCAGAAAAGCUUCUGGAAGAUAAGGAGGGAAACCGCUACGGAGAUCCACAGCUCAGAGUACGCUGUUAUUUAGAGGCAUGUGUGUUCAAUGACGAUGUUUUUCGAGCUCAGAACUGCCUUAUGUCUCAUCACCGUCACCUAUCCAGACGGAAGCAACUGUCUAUCAGCGCCUACAACACCAUAAUGAAGAUGUGGGCUAAAAAAGGUUCCAUCAAUCACAUUCGUCGCUUGUUCAUUCUGAUUGAAGAAGCAGGUCUGAAACCCAACGCUGCAUCUUAUUGUGCUGCGCUGGAGUGUAUGGGCCGCAUGACUGACUGCUCAACAUGGAUCAUUCACAGGUGCCUGGAGCAGAUGGUGGUGGACGGUCUGUCAGUGGAUGAUGUGUUCAGAGAAUGUGUGUUUAAGCAGGAUGAGAGAGACAUGGUUCUGAGAGCUGUACGAAUGGUGCAACCUGACUACCAACCCCAAGUAUCCAAAGAUCAGCUGAUCUGUUCGCUGCCACUGGUGGAACAGUUCUAUGCUGAGAGGGAAGGUGCCACAUAUCCUAAACUGGACUUCAGUCUGAAAGAACUGCAGGAUCGGUUUAGUCAACAGCUGAAUAUGGAGAAGGCCAAUACCAUAACCAUCAACUCGGUGGAGGCCAUGAAGCCCGUCACUGAACACAUGGCCAAAAUGAGAGAUUUACUAUCAACCCAGCGGUCACAGUGGGAGAAAGCGCUCCUUCAGGCACUGAAAGAGAAGAAACAGAUAUUAGCCAACAACAGCCAGAGGGCCUGGAGCACCUGCUUAUACCCUUACAUUUGUAUCCUGGAUGAUCAGGAGUAUGUGAACAUCAUGCUUCAGAGUUUAGUCAAAUUGUCACCCAGCGGGGAAUCUUUACUCAUCAUGGCGGAAGAGAUGGGAACCAGAGUCCACAAUAUGUACUGCAUCCGGCAGAAAAGCCACAGUCGGAUGAUUGAGAAGCUCGGGAACAUCUACAGCUCAUAUGCUGAACUCCUGGCAAACGAUACCAAGACCUAUGAUGUGUUGCCGCGGGAAUUUUGGGCGAAUCUUGAGAUUGAGAGGAGUAGCGGCCCCUCUCUUUUAAGCGAUGACACUCCUUGGCCACUGGUGCUGAUGGUGCAGCUUGGGAGCUUCUUGGUUGACCUGAUGGUGCGAGAGCUAAAAGUCCAGAGCAACAUCCUGAAUCCUGCUCAAGAGGAGAAGCCCAUUCCUGUCCUCUACCACAUGUACACGUUCCGUAGCAGUCGGAAGAUUGGCUUUAUCAAGCCGCACCCUAUUGUGACCCAAAUGCAGAGGGAGGCGAUGGAAACCAAACUUACUUUUGACUCCUACGUCAUGCCAAUGCUUUGUCCACCAGUGCCUUGGACAUCCCCUAAAAGCGGUGCUUACCUGCUGACUCCAACCAAGCUGAUGCGUGCAACCGAUGGAGCCAUCCAGCACCAACUCCUUCUGGAGAAGAGCCGAGAUGAGGAUCUCCACGCCGUGCUGGACUCCCUCAAUCAGGUGGGCAACUGCACUUGGAAGAUCAACAAGAACCUGUUGGACAUUAUCAUCUCGAUCUUCAAUGACAAGGGAAGUGACAAGCUCUGCAUCCCACCACCCUUGUCCGAAGCCCCCGAUAUUCCACGUUUCAACCCUCACGACCCUACAUACACUCAGGCGGAGAAGGCCUACAUGAAACGAGAGGGCAUUAAAGCCAAAAAGAAGGUUGCAGAAAUGCACAGCCUCCGAAUGGAUGCACUCUAUAAACUGUCUAUCGCCAACCAUGUAAGGGACGAAAUCUUCUGGUUCCCUCAUAAUAUGGACUUCCGUGGCCGUACGUACCCUCGACCACCUUAUUUUAAUCACCUGGGAAGCGAUGUGACCAGGGCCUUGCUGCUCUUUGCCGAGGGAAGACCUCUUGGUCCCAAAGGUCUCGACUGGUUGAAGAUCCACCUGGUGAAUCUCACUGGUUUAAAGAAGCGUAGCUCACUAGCUGGAAGACUGGAGUAUGCAGAAAGCAUCAUGGAAGAUAUUCUCGACUCAGCAGACCAUCCUCUUAACGGUCGGAAAUGGUGGUUGAAUGCAGAUGAGCCGUGGCAGGCACUGGGUUGUUGUAUGGAGAUAGCAAAUGCCACUCGAUCACCCGACCACACCAACUUCAUCUCAUAUUUCCCUGUACAUCAGGAUGGCUCUUGCAACGGCCUCCAGCACUAUGCUGCCCUGGGGCGGGAUGUGAUUGGUGCUACUUCGGUGAACCUAAUGCCCUGUGAAGUGCCACAGGAUGUGUACAGUGGUGUAGCUCAGCAGGUGGAGGAGUUUAGGGCUCGGGAUGCAGAGAAGGGUUUGAAGAUCGCACAGGUGCUAGAGGGCUUCAUCAGCAGGAAGGUGGUGAAGCAGACGGUGAUGACUGUGGUCUAUGGCGUCACUCGCUACGGGGGCCGUCUGCAAAUCGAAAAGAGACUCAAGGAAAUCGAUGAUUUUCCUAAGGAAUACAUUUGGGAUGCUUCACAUUACCUGGUGCAACAAGUUUUCAGCAGCUUAAAGGAAAUGUUCACUGGGACAAGGGAGAUUCAGGACUGGCUGACGGAGAGCGCUAGGCUAAUAUCUAAGUCAGGGAGAACAGUGGAGUGGGUGACGCCGCUGGGACUUCCUAUCAUUCAGCCCUACCACAGAAUGAAAAACCAAAUGCUCAAGAGCAGCAUGCAGAAUCUCAACAUCAACAUCAGCCAUGAUGCAAAUGAGAAACCAGACAGUGUGAAGCAGAAAAACGCCUUCCCUCCUAAUUUCAUCCACUCGUUGGACUCCACUCAUAUGAUGCUGACAUCGCUGCAUUGCUAUAGGGCUGGGCUCACAUUUGUAUCCGUACAUGACUGUUAUUGGACUCACGCUCUGACGGUGGACACUAUGAACCGGGUGUGUCGUGAGCAGUUUGUGGCUCUGCAUAGUCAGCCCAUUCUGGAGGAGCUGUCCAGGUUUCUCCUUCAGAAAUAUUGUAGCAGACCACCUGAUUUAUCCAAGCCAAAGAAGUUUCAAGAAUACUGGAAGAUGGCGGAGCUUUUGGCCAAGGUUCCUCAGACAGGUGAUUUUGAUCUGGCGAAGGUUAAAGAAUCCAUCUAUUUCUUCAGCUGAGAAACGUAUCGCAAAACUGACAGACAGCUUUCAAGAGGAACCUGAGAGCUCUCCACGGACCUCAUCAAAAUAGAUGGCUGCUUUUUAACUACACUGAAAGUGUGUGUGACUGGAUUGGUUGAUAUGGUGGAUAAGUACUGUACAUAUGAGAGUGUGUGUGUGUGUCUCCCUGUCUUGUCUUAUUAUCAUAAAGACAUCACUUAAGCACUGAAGCAGAGUCCAGGCAUAGGCAAACAGCAGGAGUCAUCCUUGUGUGUCUAGGUGUAAGCACAUCAUUUUUUUCCUGGUAUGAGCGAGGGUGCUCUCUCGGCAGGGCUCUGAUCCGCUCUUGAGUGCUUGCGCUGGCUUGAUUAACCACGUGAUCCAGGCUCUCAUCGAUUUCAAGGCAGCCCGUCUGAAAGGCCCUCUCUGACAUUUCCACUUGGACAUGAUUUACCUCCCAGCAUCCCUCCGCAGUUGGCUACUCUCUCAUUCACAGCCUGAGAUGGAACAAGAGAACAUUUAUUAUAAUUCACCUUUCUGAAUGUUUUGGAGCCACACUUGUGGACAAUGUUUAAACUUGUGGUGCCCUUUUUAAGGAUUUGAAAGCACUUAAAAGGAUAGUUCAUCUAAAAAAAAAGAAAAUCUUUCAUCAUUUACUCACCUUUGCAGUUUCGAAAUGACAUGAGAGCAAGUAAAUCAUGACAGAGUUUUAUUUUAUUUUUUCUCUACAGAGUGUGUUUUAUAAAUAGUGCAAUGUAAAGAGUGAUGUACUAUGAAGUCAGAAUGGGUGCUUGUCAGAGAAUGUAUACAAGGCAUUGGUCGAGAAAUAAAGUCAAUAUUUUUGCACUCUG